CCACCAAUCCUCCCUUCCAAAACGACUUUCGGAUGUUGUCCGCUCCUCCCUUGUUUGAGUUUGGCUAAAAAAAGACAUUCAACCAUGAUUUUAACAUAAGUUCUAAUGGGGAAGUAUCGCAUUCACUGGCUGUGCUUCCCUUUUCUAAGAUUGACCAGCAGCUUUCGAAAGUGCCCUCUUUCAAAAAGGAGUUUGAUAAUUGCGAGCGUGUGUGUUGUUCAUUUGUUGUUGGUGGUUUCACAUUUUGGAUACUCGCAGCAACAACGGGAACGAGGGAUUGACAAAGACAAGUACCGAAACGCCCGUGGAUUGUAUAAUUUGGAUAUUAGUGACGCGCUGCCAGACUCUGUGGAUUUGCAGACCGGUGCGAGCUUUGUGGUCCCGACACGGUCCAACGUGGUGUAUAUAACGCUAAAGUCUAAGCGCCUGAAACCAGCACACAUUCGGGGUACAAUCAGACCAAAACUGAGGAGAAAAGUAAGAAGGAACAAGGAGGCUAAUUCCGCUUUUACGCAGUACAAACUUGGAACUUUGGAGCGAGACGCGGGCCAAAUUAAGCGUAAUUUUGCAUCCAGGACUUCCUUUGGAGAAACCAGGGAUGUUUAUUAUAAAUCUUUAUAUAUAACCCAUACAUCUCAUACGGAUACACAGAUAGACUCUCACAUUAGUUAUAUCCGAAUUUACAGUCAGAGGGCACCGCCAUGGCUCAGCCCACAGGACGUGGAAGCCAUGCGCUUUCUUGCGGAUGCCAACGUUUUGCGCAUCAAAGAAGUUUCUCACGGAGACUCUCCGACACUUCUGAUAUUUGAGGGCGAGACAAGCGUUCCAAUGAAAAACCAAAAACACAUACAACGGAGCAAUGUAUGUGGAGGGCAGUGUGGAGUAAUCAACAGCCCCGUGGACACCACUGAGGUCUUUGCUUUCCAUCUGGACAGGGUGCUGGGGCUCAAUAGGACAUUGCCAGCUGUAAGCAGAAAGUUUAGCUUUUUACACGAUGGCCAGCCCUGUCCAGUGGUGUCAUGGGAUGCAUCUCUCUACCCAGAAGGCCUUGCUGCAGGCCGGUCGACCAUGACGUUAACAUGGGGGGAGUACCAGAACUCCCUGAAACAGAAGUGUUGGCAUAAAAACAUCAGCCCAAAGCCUGACUCCGGCUGCUUCACAGUUCAUCACUAUGAGUGGAGUAAACUGGCUCUGUUUGACUUCUUGUUACAGAUUCACAACCGUCUGGAUCAGAGUUGCUGUGGAUUCAGGCCCAGGCAGGAGGAUGUGUGUGUGGAACUCGGCCACCACGCUCAAUGUGGGGACCCAAACCACAUACAACUGACAAACAUCAUCCACAAGGAUCACGACCCCAGACACCUGGUCUUCACCAACAACAAGGGGUUCUUCGACCGCAAUGAGGACAACUUGGACUUCAGGCUCCUGGAAGGAAUCAAAGAGCUGCCAGAGCAGGCAGUGUCCGUGCUAAAGAGCAAGCGGCUGAGGGAGAAGCUCCUCCAGUCUCUUUUCCUGGACCAGACAUACUGGGAGAGCCAGGGCGGCCGGCAGGGCAUCGACAAGCUGAUCGAUGUAAUUGAGAGGCGGGCCAAGGUCCUCCUCACCUACAUCAACGCUCAUGGGAUCAAAGUCACCACAAUGCACGUGUGAUGAGAGUCACACCAAUCAAGUGGCGAAAUUACAGAGACAUAGAUCAAGUAAAUUAACGGCUUGAUCUCUGUGCCUUCAAUGUGUCCCUUCAGAAUGACCCUUUACAAGCCACUGGAACUUUAUCCAGUUAGGCUACAUUUUGUAAAGUGGCUCUGGGAAAAGAAAAACAUCAGCUAAUAUCUAAAAAGGAUGUGUGCCAAUGAUUUAAUAUCAAUUCAUAUCACAAGAGUGUGAGAGCAUAUGGUGUUAAAGGACAAUUCCGGCGCAAAACACACGAACAUGCUAAUCGAAUGU